UUGUUAUUUUCUGCUCUCUUCAGGCUGCUUCCUGUGAGCGCGAGCGCCGUCACCCGCACAUGCUCAUGAUGAGAGACGGAGCCGCGCGCGCCGGGGCCGCCAGUGUUUCUCAGCUGUGCUGGUUACUGCAAUGAAUGGCAACACUAUUGAAGAGACCCCGAGCAGCAUAGCACCCCCUUGUGGCUGGAGGGAGUUUUGCGAGCUUCAUGCGAGUGCCACAGCGCGAGAGUUGGCGCAACAUUAUCGCCGUUUCGCUAGAACUCGACCACCGCACGAUGUCGUUUCUCCGGAGAAAUUCAGCAGGCACUUCAGCACCAUCUUCCAGCACCACUUCCAGCGAGAGGUGGCCAAAGAAGAAGCCCCGCCCCCUCCCUUGACUGGGCGUGCAUGCACCUUCGCUGGAGUGCUCGAUUACCGGGAAACAGGUCGACCAGUGCGUGGAACAUCAUUUGUCAUUUUGCCACCAAAACUGGAGCGGGAGCAACCGCUACAAAACUUCACUACACACAGACCAGUUGGACACACCCAAGGGGUGGAGCUUGCUGAGAAUUACGCCACUUCACCUGCUUUGCCCUCACGUGACAAUGUCCUUUCUCAGUUUAGAAGAAGUGUUUGCCAGUUGUUCAAGAGACGUCCAUCGCAUGAUGACUCGGUCCAUGCCAGCUCCGGGGACGAGUCAGAAAGAAGAGGCGGGGCUUCAGCGGAACGCUUCUCGGAUACAGCGGCGCACGGUGGCUUCCAGCUGCUGAACCGUCUGAGGACGCGCAGCACAAAAUCACGGCAGGACACAGGAAAUGUAUGCAGGGAAGGACAUUUAAGGUACCUGGAGGUAAAUGAUACGAUUUCAGAUACGGCCCCACGCUGGAUGCGCUGCCGCCUGCUGCUUCGGAGGAUUAACGACAGGUUCGAGCUUGAGCUCUACAAUCCGCCCAAGGGUUCGAGUCCGAAGCUGAAAGUGCGCUGCUCUGACAUACAGGAGAUCCGAUGCUGUAAUCGACUAGAAAUGCCUGACAACAUCAACACAUUCGUAUUAAAGGUUAGUAACUGUCCCAGCAGCUUGAUAUUGGAGGCUGAUGAUGAACAGCAGCUGAAUACCUGGACAUCAGAACUCAGAAGCUGUAUCAGCACCAGGGCGGACAGUGUGGAUGCAGAUCUGCUCUGUUUUCCUGUCCCUGAUCCUGUCGUGAGGAGGGGGAGCAUGGAGUCUGGCAGUCCAAGCUCUCCAAGUUUCACACUGCCGGAGCAGACAUACCACAAGACAGAUCACUUCCUGUCCUCCUACCCGUGGUUCCAUGGGCCGAUUUCCCGCGUACGUGCCGCGUACCUGGUGCAGCAUGCAGGAGUCAGAGGUCACGGCAACUUCCUGGUGCGACAGAGUGAGACGCGGAGGGGAGACUAUGUCCUCACCUUCAACUACCAGGGAAGAGCCAAGCAUCUGCGUCUGUCUCUGACUGAAUGGGGUCAGUGUCGGGUCCAGCACCUGUGUUUCUCCUCUGUUGUUGAUAUGCUCUCUCACUUCCGCGUCUGUCCAAUCCCGCUCGAAUGUGGAGCAGCGUGUGAUGUCCUAUUGGCCAAUUACGUGCUUGCCACGCCCACCACCCCAGCGAUGUGUUCCUCAGUGGGUUCUCCGGUGUUGGUUCCGUUCUCCCGCUGUAGUUCAGAGCCUAGCCUGGCUCACUGGGGUCUUGAAGCGUCUGCCCCCAUCGCCCCGCUCCUUGGAGCUUCAUCUGGCCCCACCUUCCCUUCACACAACACUCCGGGACCCACCUCUGACUCCACCCACAUCCGGCGCAGUGAGUCGGUGGGCCGCAGGACUCUCCUCCGGCACCCAAACCCACUCCCUCCACUCCUGCACACCCGGGACUCGGAAUAUGAGCUGGAGCCGCUAAACAGGGGGCACAAGAGAGCCAUCGACAACCAGUACAUGUUCUUCUGAACGAGAGAGACAGACAGCUUUCGAGAUAGACAUCCAGCAGGGGGCGCCAGAGAAGUCUGACUGUUGUGGCGCAAGCAGGUGAAAAUGAUGAAGAGGAACUUGGGCAGCAUCCCAAACCUCGGAAUGCACUUCCUCUGGACUUCCUGUGGACUAGCAAGGGGAAGAUGAGUAAAUGUGCAGGAUGCACUCCCAGGGUCCUUCGGAGUGGGGAUACGUCUGACGAGUCACUCAGAGGUGAAGUGACACAAACUCAUGACACAAUGCACACUUCGCUCAAGUGUGUGUGUAUGUGUGUGUGUCAGCGUGGACAGAGUGGACACACACCUCACACUCCACAGAGACGCCUGAAAAUCAUGUCCACUUUGAAUGUACUUUUCAGAUUUGUUUCACUAUUCAGUGUUACAUGGCCUUUAGGAAAACAGUGUCGUGUGUGUGUGUGUGUGUGUGUGUGUUGGGAAGUUUCCAGAACAUUCUCUGUGAUACAUGCUUGUUCAUUUGGCUCCUUUUGGCACAGCACAAAGUGAAGAAAAAUGGGCGUGUGAUCUCUGUGAGUGCAGCCCUACUGGGACGCCAUUAGUUUAUAUUCAUCCAGAUCGGAAGCGUGUGUGCAUUUCUUCUAGAACCUGAUGAACUCAGGCUGAAUUCUAGAUGUCUCCGAUUUGUUUUUUAAUCAUUUCCCCCCAUUUGAAGAAAUUGUUUGAGCACUUCCUGUGUUCUCAGCUUUCUCUCGGGACGAGCAACCAACACAGAGGCAUCAGAUGAGGCUACAAAUGAGCUCGCCUGUCUAAAUCAGACCAAUUCAAACUAUAUAGAGGUUUAAAAAUCAGUUCUGAAGCAAAAACACGUCAUUUUAAGAAGAAUGUGAGCAGCUACAGAGAAAUAAAUUCAGCUAAUCCUCAGGCUGUUAGCAAGCACACACCUGUAGGUUAUGCUAGCUGACACUUUUGCUAAUUUUGCACUCAUUUUUAUGGCUAACUGUGUUGGCUGCUAUUGUUUAAGAAAAUUUGCUUGAUGUGUAUUUUGGUACAAUCAGUCAAAUAGUACCAGUGGAAAUAAUUUUUAUAAUAGUCUAAUCCUCAAUGUUUGCGCUAGCACAGCGUGACUUCCAGGCUAACUAACAUUUUUAUAGACUAGUUAUGAAAGCUAGAAAUGCUGUAAAGAAGUUUUUUUUCUUUUUUUUAAAGAAAUAGUUUGUAUGUAAUUUGUCAUAAACACUUAUAGCUAGCAAAGCAUGCACAUCGUGUUUGUGGCAGACUAGCAUGCUAAAAAAACACUGCUGCCAGAACAAAGUUGGCCUGGUUAGAUCAUAAAGUGAAUUAAAAUUUGAAUUACUCAUCAGUAUGAGUGAACUAAUAAACUCAGGGUGAUAUAAUAGGGCUAAUUUUCAUGCUCUGAGCUAGCAUAGACUAGAUUAGCAGUGCUAACAAAGCUAGCUAAUUCUCAGUCUCAGGGCUUGUUUACAGUGAGCUAACUUAGAGUUCCUGCAAGAAGAACAUUUACCUCAGGAAGCACAGCUUCUGUUGGUUCCUGAAGUCAAGUCUAUAAAAAGAUCAUAUGUUUUUUAGCUUAAAUAAAAAUGAUCACUCAAAGAUAAUGAAGAUUUUUUUUAGGUUUUCACUGUUUGUUCAGGAAUAUUGAUGCAGUAGCUGUGUGUCUUUGCUGUGGUUGCUCUUCCUGAGGGGAACGAUGGACGCUCGGUUCUCACAGAAAUAAAUUCCUGAUCCGCGUGUGGCGUAAAUGUACACUACCGUUCAAAAGUUUGGGGUCACCCAGACAAUUUUGUGUUUUCCAUGAAAAGUCACACUUUUAUUUCCCACCAUAAGUUGUAAAAUGAAUAGAAAAUCUAGUCAAGACAUUUUUCUGGCCAUUUUGAGCAUUUAAUCGACCCCACAAAUGUGAUGCUCCAGAAACUCAAUCUGCUCAAAGGAAGGUCAGUUUUAUAGCUUCUCUAAAGAGCUCAACUGUUUUCAGCUGUGCUAACAUGAUUGUACAAGGGUUUUCUAAUCCUCCAUUAGCCUUCUGAGGCAAUGAGCAAACACAUUGUACCAUUAGAACACUGGAGUGAGAGUUGCUGGAAAUGGGCCUCUAUACACCUAUGGAGAUAUUGCACCAAAAACCACACAUUUGCAGCUAGAAUAGUCAUUUACCACAUUAGCAAUGUAUAGAGUGGAUUUCUGAUUAGUUUAAAGUGAAAAGAACAGUGCUUUUCUUUCAAAAAUAAGGACAUUUCAAAGUGACCCCAAACUUUUGAACGGUAGUGUAACUGUCACCCGUCUCAUUGUAGCUCUGUGUGGAGGCGAGGGUUUUAUCGCAGAUGUUUAAUCAAUAAGAGACAUCACUGUGAGACAGUUGGACUGACCGCAGCAAUACUUCAGCAAUAAGAAGUCUCAGAAGUGCCUGAAUUUCCCCAGUCAGGGAAUCAGUGAUUCUUACACCAGUACUCUGUAUUUUCUAGAUUUCAAACAGGGAUGUUAGAUUAUCAUGUGCAACAAUUCGUACAAAAACAUGACGUGUGUGUUAAACCUGGACAAGAAACAUAUUCUCCGUCUUCAAGACGAGAUUGAUUUAACAUGGAUAGGCUCCAGCUUGCCCGCGACUCUGUAGGACAGGAUAAGCGGUGACAGAUAAUGGAUGGAUGGAUGUUGACGAUGUUCCUGCUGUUUACACGUCUUCGCAAAAUGAACAAGAUCGCCUCAUCAGAUGUUGCCAUGCUGGUUGUUGGCAUGCAAAAAGUUAAGGAAUAUAUUCAUGUUGUUUCAGUGCUACUCUGCCCCCUAGUGGAUGUAGCUUUUAAUUCUCUGGUUACACAUAACAUAUGCAGAUGAUUGCAUGAACAAUAGCAGCUCGUGUGUGUGUGUGUGUGUGUGUGUAGUAAAAAUGAAGUAUAUUUCCAGCUUUAGUGUCCGGUGGAUUAUAAAACAGCUUUUCUCCACCAGCAAGUUCCAUAACUUACAGACUAAAAUCAUCUGCAUAUGUUUUAAUUUGUUCAUAAUUUGUGCAUUUAUUUGUUUUUUUACAUUUGGUGUGCUCCUCCAGCAGUUAUGUGAGUGUUGGCAUAAAGUCCAACAGUACACAUUAGUUAAUUUAGCUUGAGAAACGAUCCAGUGCUGAACUCUGAAAACCUGAACUUGACUCCACCAGCAGGGGGCAGUGUACAGAUUUUUAGUGGAAAUUAAAUCAAUCUGCCAAGAAACAACUGAGUCUGAGAAAUACAGUAACCAUCGAUGGAAUAUUUUGUAUAAAAUGCCAAAAUGUCUCCACAGUGUGGAUAUCACACGUGCCUUAACAAGUUCCACCAAAAUUAAACCAAAGAUGUUUCAGUUUCUCUCAAAAAUAUAAAAAAUAAGGCAAUAAUUCUACCUUUAUUAAAAAUCGGCCAUUUAGGUGUUUUAGCUGUUUUUAUUUCAAACCAACCACUGUUGCUUUCCACUCAUAUACACACACACACACACACAAUAGAACAAAGAGCUGUUAGCUAAGCUACUAUUUACAACCGCAUCUAUUCGUGUUACUAGUCGUUCCAUGGCUCUGUGUCGAUUAGCAAAGGCUGAUCUCUGACCAAACAGUCGCGUGUCACUUGUAGCAGUUCAGCAAGCUAACGAGAUCAUAAGCACAUGAAAUUUUAAAAAAAAAAAAUCACAUCUAGAAAUAAAGAGAUCAGAAAUCAGACGCGAUCUUGCUAAGCUCUGGCUUAUACAAUCCUUACUAGACACGUUAGCAUUUUAGCGAACUGGCCCUUUAUGUGUCAAACAAAAGAAACUUUAUUUGUGCAAUUAUUUGGAAAUCAACUGACUGAAUGUAGUACUGUUUUUUAAAAAUAUUUCAAUAUUUUAUUUUUUUUUAGCAAGGCACUAAUGUUUUGCUAACCCGUCCUCGCCACUGAGUGUCCUAUCCCAAACUCGACAAAGUGGCGUCUGAUAAUCUCCAUCGUGAACGUGUAGAUGCUAAUCAGAAACGACUUGGUGUUGGUCAUGCCAAGUUGCAACUUUCGCAUCAGUCAGUUUGCAUCAGAACAGUUUGCAUCAACUGUUCGUCACUUUAGUCCACUUUCCCUUCUUUCUGUGAGAGAGACGUGCCAAAAAGGCCAGACGUUUAUCUGCUAAGCAUAAAAUCCCCCUCACACACCACAAUGGUUCUUGCUAAUCAGCUCAGCAAAAGGAAAGCAACGGUAUCUCGGAUCUUCUGUGCUUCUCAGUGUGCUUAUUUCACCUCGGUGUGGCUUCGCUUUUCCAGAAGAACACACUGAAGCUCCUCGUGUGCAGUGGUGUCGUUGUUCUCACAAUGUUCAAUGCGAUGCUUUUGGAAAAUUGAGCCCACACGUACCCCUAGCGUGAUGCUCAUUAGCGUAAUCACCCCUGUCACGACAGUAUACGUUCACACGUCGCCUUUUAUACAGCAGAGCAAUUAGUGUGUACUGAGUGUGAGCGGACACGGCCAUGAUUCACUACCUCACACUGCAUGGUGGACUGACUGUCUGCUUGGGCGGGAUUCCGUCUCGUCAGCUCCAACACAGAGGACUUUUAUCAGUUUGGGUUAAAAUCGUCAUGCUGCUUCGCUGUUUAUAAUCCUGAAUGUUUGUAAAAAGAAAAAAUAAACACUGUUUAAUUGUUUAAUGUACAAACCAUUGAGUUGUUAGAUUUACACUGCAAAAAAUUGAAAACUGAAUUUGAGGAGAAAAUUACUUAAUACUAGUGAAAUGAUCUUGCUGCAUGGACAGAUAUUUUUACUUGAUAAGACAUCUUCGACUAAGUUGGUUGCAAUCUAGAACUAGGUUUAAUAAUCUCAGAGUUGGUGUCUUGUAUUCUUCUAAUAGGAAAUGUUAGAUUGAUCCGACUAUUUUCAAGAUAUUUUCACUUGCUAAGAUGUAAUUUUUUGCAACAGACACACUUUCACAUCCCAGUACAGACAGGCUGUUUAUUCGGUCUUCGUUAAUAUUCCAGAACAUUCCUCGUAUCCUCCAGGCCAGACCGCUCCAGUCUAGUCCGGUCCGAUUUAUUCCAGUCCUCAGGGACCAUUUUGAUUCAUUCUCUUCCUUCACCAGCUCCGACUCAGGAAGGUGUUUGGUGUUCUCCUGCUUGUCGUUGUGUGAUGCUGCUGUCUGCCCGCCGUCGUUUCUCAAACUUUCCUAACGGUCUGGUUUGAUGAACAGAACUAUAGGGCUCAUCGAGAUUUCUGCAAACGACUCCGUGAUCUGAAAUCGUCCUAGUCUACGUCGAAUCCAGUCCUUCGCUCGUUUGCGAAUUGACAGAUGACCACAUCGACUGACCCGUACUCUAUGCUGGUGAUGUUCUGGCCUGCGUUUCCUGUUUCCUACAGAACCUCAACCCUGUGUUCAUUUGGAUCGUAUGAUAUUUCUUAAUGAUCAGCUGAUGAAUGUAGCUCCCUGGAUUAGCUUUAAACCUUUUAACCCAUCUGUAGUGUUCACCGUGCACAUAUUCACUGUGCCCCAUUCCGCCCCAACACCAUCCUCAGGAUGAUUUCACACCACCAGCGAGGUUUCUUAAAAACACCAAGUGUGAAAGCAGCCUUAUGCUUUUAAAGCAGUGUUUAUUUGGAAAUUCUCUCCAUUUCUCUUGAAGAUGAUCCCUCAUAAACAAAUUGAUGGAAAAGGGUCCUCGUGUUCAGAGAUGUAAAUAAUGCACCAGGGGAUGGGACUGGCGUUCGUGUCAGGGUUUUACUUCCGAUAACCCGAGCGCUGAGUGAGCCGUGAGCGAGCGCUGACUGACUGGAGACGUCUGUAAACGUCCAACAGACGCUACAGUCUGUGGAUUUAACGCACGGCCUUUUUUAUUCCAUGUUAAGAUUGCCGUCUUGUGCACAACCGUGACUGUCACCUUUUAUCUAUUUUCAUAACCCCUUCAGAGAGCGCUGUCUGUGUGUUAGCGGGAAUUCUUGGAAUUCUGUGAUUUCCUAAAAAUGUUUGGGUUUAUGAGACUGAUUUUCAGAAUUGUUCCAUGUAGAUUUGAGCGUAACGAUGCACGGAGACCCGCGUGUGGGUGAGCGAGUGAGUCUCUGGACUGUCUCCUGUUCCUCUACUGUACUGUUGAUGUUUCUGAGCACUGUAAACCCACAGGCUUCUUCCUCACACACAGUAAACCGCUUCUAGGAUUUUAUAAGGAUUUCCUUUUACUCUCCAUAUAACCAUCUGCAUAUGAACUUAUAUCCACUGUAUAUGCCACCUUCUCUCUCUCUCUUUUUAAAAGAAAAUAAAAAUAAAAUGAAUGUUAAAAUCUUUUUUCACA